AUCGGCAUGCCUGACUCUCUACUACUACACCUUCAUUGGCGGCGGAAAGGUGGACCUGCGAACCGUGCAUUGGGCGCAUUGACGAGGGUUCUUCUAAUAUGCUUGGCAGUGCUGGUGAAAUCGAUUCCAGCAGACGAGUUCACGGGCUAUUGCCGUUGGGUCUCGCCUGAUGACACUUUUGAUGAAUAUGAAGGAGUCCACGAGGCCUAUAUCGCCUUUGACAACACCGAUCAAACCCAAGGGUAUCUGAGCCUUUAUGUCGACAUGUCACAGGCCGGCGACCCCAACACGAGGCAGGUCUAUCUAUGUCAAGACGAGCUCGUCAAUGUCAAACAGACGUUUCCUAAUGGAACUGACUCGAUGAGCAUUCAACAAAGUGAAGUGUCAAUUACAUAUCAUAGUAUGAGCCUAUGUCUAAGCAAGGCUUUCAACUUCAUGAAGGACACUGGUCUAAUAAUGCGAGACACCACCGAUCUCACGUACCUGCUCUUACGGCUCAACGAGACAUGGUUCGUAACAGGGCCAGAUCCUAAGACGAAUCGGUUGCCUCUGUAUACUGCUGGUAACCAGCUUGAACUAUGCUCUAAGUCCCCACUGUUGUCUUCAAGACCGAUUGCUGGGGUUUACUGUGCAUCUACUUAUUCCCUCAACGCAACCAACGCUGAUGAGUCUCGGUUGGGUCCUCUUGGUGAAGGACUUUUCGUUACGGACUAUGCUCCCGUAACACAUUACCACCCCUCGAUAUAUGUAGGGGCCUUCAACUUGGUGGUGGGAACCUUCUGGGGCUCAGUAAAUUUGACGUCGUUUGAUACUCCUGGCAUGCUCGAAACUUUGCCCAGGAACAACCCUUUGACGUACACUCUAGAUACUAACGGCAACAUCUCUAGUGUGCUCUACUACGACCAUAUAUCAGUGUUUAUCAAGACAAGCCUAUUAGAUAGAGUGGGCGACGCUCAGAGUGUUGCGGUAUCAUAUCAGAAUCGGUACACUCUUGAGCUCAGUGGCGACCGCUUGUCAUGUCCAGUGUUACUCGGACAGAUAAGCGACAUAAUGCUUCCAGAUGCGGUCGAUGGUCCAAACUCUGCUGAGUUGCCUUCCAUACCUGACAAUGCAUGGAAGAAGGCCCAAGGGCUUGUCAUUGGUUGCAUCGCUGUCUUCAUCAUCAUACUAUUUGCCAUAUGGUCUAUUCGUGUGGAUAAGCAUAGAAAGGAGGCCCUCAAGAAAAGGACGGCUCUAAUAAUACCGAGUUAGGCUCCAAUCUUGUGUGUUAAUGACAUCAGACUAGUCCCCCCCCCCUAGCCAGUGAGCUUAGGGGUGAUGACCAUCCUCUUGGUCCCUUCCUGUACGUUUAGUGUAUCAUUAGGAGAAGGUAGCUUUCAUAACUGCCGUUCCCGUGGUCUAAUAUCCCAUACCAUUAUCUACAAGAAAAUCUCUCGAUUGCCUUAUCUUGAUGAGUUCAUCAUCAGCGU